CCCCCAGUCCGGCAUGGACGCGCCGGAUGCGCCCCACACGCCAAAGUACAUCGAUGGCGGGGCGACGGCCACCGCGCCCGGCAAGUCGGCGUUCGUCGAGCUCCAGCAGCACGGGUACGGUGGCAUCCGGAGUGGCUAUCAGCACUUUGGCGCCCAGGGUGGCCAGGAUUCGGGCUUCCCGAGUCCGCGCGGUGCCCUCGGCUACCCGUUUCCCCCGAUGCACCAGAACUCCUACUCUGGGUAUCAUUUAGGCAGUUACGCACCACCCUGCGCUAGUCCACCAAAAGAUGGAUUUUCUAUCGGGAAUAAAUUAGAAGACACCGGUCUGCGGGUCAACGGGAAGGGCAAGAAGAUGCGCAAGCCGCGCACCAUCUACAGCUCCCUGCAGCUGCAGCAGCUUAACCGAAGAUUUCAACGCACCCAGUACCUGGCGCUACCGGAGCGGGCCGAGCUCGCCGCCAGCCUCGGGCUGACGCAAACACAGGUGAAGAUCUGGUUUCAAAAUCGACGAUCGAAGUACAAGAAGAUGAUGAAGGCGGCCCAGGCACCGGGCGUCGGUGGAGGACUUCCAUUGGGUGGACCGAACCAGGGCGGCCACAGUCCGUCGCAGCAUCAGAACAUGCACCAAGGUACGUCGCGCGGUGGCGGUUCGAGCAGUGGGUCACCGUCGCAUUUCCUACCUCCCGGACACAGUCCAACGCCCUCGAGUACGCCCGUCUCGGAGCUGUCACCUGGUUUAAGUCCGCCCUCGCAAGCACCCUGGGAGCAGAAGCCACCGCCGCACUGGGCCGACCACAAGCCCCCGCAGAUGGCACCGCAAACCAACCACGCACCUCCGCAGCCGACGCACGCACCGCAGAUGGGCGGCUACGUACCUCAGUACUGGUAUCAGCCGGAAACGAACCCGUCACUGUUAACAGUGUGGCCCGCGGUUUAA